GCUGCAAAAGUAUGACCCUUAAUUGGCAAGAGCCGCAAGGAGAUGGAAGCUUGAGCUUCCGACUUUAUAUCAAAGCUUGUUGAGCAUUCACGUGAAGAGGACGCGUAUUCUUCAUUAUAUAUAUUGUUUCCAUUUAGCAUAAAAAUGACCGGAAGAAGCCGAGGAAGGGCAAGUUCGACACCCCAACAACCACUUCAAGGAGCUUGGGCACGUCGUCCUGGAGUAGCUCAAACUCCUCGCUCAUCGCCAAAUGACUCUCUGCCGAAUGUAGGCCGAAUCAUUCUUGCACCAGAGCCUGCCAUGAGUGCACCUGCUGGCGUUGAUCGUCAACCAGGAGUUGAACGUCCAGCCGCUACUUCUUCAGAUGUUGUUUCAGUUGGAGGUAGUGGUAAAAUGUCUUCAUCAGCUACUGUCGGACGUGGAGCAAUGCGAGGACGCAGAAUGAUAAACGCAGAUCUUAUAAACUCACGACCUGCUCAUGUCAAAACAUCAAAAAAAGGAACAAGUGGCAACGCAAUAAAAUUGCAAGCCAAUUUUUUCAAGAUUUUAAGCGCUCCGGAUUGGUGUUUAUUGCAAUAUCGAGUUGAUUUCGCUCCUGAAGAAGACAGAACUGUCGUUCGCAAAGGGCUGCUUCGUCUUCAUAAAAAGAGAUUGGGAAUUUACAUGUUUGAUGGCAGUGUUAUGUAUACUUGCAAUCGCUAUCACGGAGUUUCUAAAACAGUGUCAAUGGAAUUAUUUUCGGAACGACAAUCUGACAAUACUAAAAUUACAAUCAGUAUUCGAUUAGUAGGAGAAUUAGCCAAGGGUGACCCGCAUUAUCCACAAUUUUUCAACAUCAUCGCUCGUAAAGGAUUGGAGCAUCUCCGCCUUCAAUUAGUCGGACGCAAUUAUUUCGAUGCUCGUGCAAAAGUGGAAAUUCCUGAAUACAGGUUCGAAUUGUGGCCAGGUUAUCAAACAUCAAUUCGUCAACAUGAACGUGAUGUUCUGAUGGGAGUGGAAAUCACCCACAAAGUAAUGCGUCAAGAAAAUUUAUUGGAUAUUUUGAGUAAAGUUCGUGCUAAUGCUCGUGGUGGUGAUGUCCAAGGAGCCUGCAAAGCUGAAGUAAUCGGAAUAACGGUAUUGACUGGCUAUAAUAAUAACACCUACCGCAUUGAUGAUAUUGAUUUUUCAAAAAAUCCAACAUCAACAUUCAAAAUGGGAAAGGAAGAAACGCCAACUAGUUACAUGGACUACUAUCGUAACAAGUACGGCAUUAAUAUUAGUAAUCGAUCGCAACCACUUUUUGUUGCUCGUUUACCUCUGCGAGAUCGCCGCGCUGGGAAAGAUGAGUUACUUUAUUUGAUUCCUGAACUCUGUCGGGCCACCGGAUUGACUGACGCGAUGCGUACUGACUACAAGUUGAUGGCAAAGUUAGCAACAUUUACUCGUCUUAGUCCUGCCAAACGUAUUGAAAGAUUGUUACACUUCAAUAAACGGUUGCAAGAUGAACCAACUGUUGUUGAAGAGUUUUGUCAGUGGAAUUUAAAAUUGGAUAACAAAUUGGUUGAAAUUCCCGCCCGGGUAAUAGCUCCGGAGAACAUUAUUUUCGGAAACAUGAAACAAUCAGCUACUCAAACUGCUGAUUGGACUCGACAUUUCCGCGACGCAAAGUUAAUUAUCUGCACUAAGUUGUCCGAUUGGAUUCUCAUUGUUCCUGAACGUGCCAGAUCUGAUGCAAAGACAUUUGUUAACAACAUAAUUAAAGUUGGUAGAGGAAUGUCAUUCGCAAUUAGUGAACCGAAAGUCUGUGAAAUUCGUAAUGAUUCGGCUCAAUCAUAUGCCGAAGAACUAGAACGUGUAAUGAGCCGCACAGUUCCACAACUCAUUUGCUGUAUUUCAGUUAGAUCUCGUGCUGAUGUUUAUUCAGCUAUUAAGAAAAAGUGCUGUCUUGAUCGUCCUGUUCCGAAUCAAGUUAUACUUCAAAAAAAUUUAGCAUCUAAAGGAGCCAUGUCAAUUGCUACUAAAAUAGCAAUACAAAUGAACUGUAAGAUUGGUGGGGCUCCUUGGAGUCUUGACUUUGGAAUGUCAGGACUGAUGGUGGUUGGAUUUGAUGUUUGUCACGAUCCUAAUCAGCGUGGAACUGACUUUGGUGCUAUGGUUGCAUCACUUGAUCGUGGAAUGACUAGAUACUUUUCAGCUGUCAGCGCUCAUCGUAGCAAUGAAGAAUUGACCAAUGAAUUCAGUGUCAAUAUGAUAAAGGCGCUUCGUAAAUAUUCUACUUUAAAUCAAGGGAAACUUCCUUCCCGUAUUGUCAUCUAUCGUGAUGGUGUAGGUGACGGACAGAUUCCAUUCGUAUUGGAACACGAAGUAAAUCAUUUACAUGCCGCUCUUACCAAGUUGUAUGGAUCUGUUGAUCUUGUCAGGCUGGCUUUCAUUAUCGUUACAAAACGCAUCAACACACGAUUGUUUUACAAUCGUGAAAAUCCACCACCUGGUACAGUCGUUGAUGAUGUCAUUACAAAUCCAUGGAGAUACGAUUUCUUCAUUGUGUCUCAAUGUGUAAGACAAGGAUCUGUCUCACCUACUGCUUACAAUGUUAUUUAUGAUAAUGUUGGGUUGGAUGUGUCUAGUAUCCAACGGUUGACAUUCCAGUUGGCCCACAUGUAUUUCAAUUGGAGCGGAACUGUCAGAGUACCGGCACCUUGUCAGUACGCUCAUAAAUUAGCGUUCCUUGUAGCUCAAAGUAUUCAUCGAUCACCAAGCAGCCACUUGGAAAGUCUUUUAUACUUUUUAUAAAGUAUGUUAAGCAAACUAAAGACGAAAAAUGACCAUUAUAUUUUUCUUUAAUUAUAUUCAAAUUAAUUUUCUUAUUAAUAAUUAAUAUUUUUACAAUAAUAUACAUUUCUUCUAAUGGAAAAUUAGAAAAAUUUGGUACUUUUAUGUACUAAAAACUUUAUAAAUAUCGAAUUAAUUCUUUAAUUAAUUACAUACAUGUAUGUAUUUUUUUGUUUAAUUUUUAUAAUUAAUACUUCAUUAUUUUUAAUAAUUGAAAAAGUUUAGUUUAUAAAAACUUAUGACCUAAAUA